AUGGCCGCCAUCCAACUCAACUUCACUCUCCGCACUUCCUCCAACUGCAAGACCGUCCACCUUCUCGGCUCAUGGGACGGCUACCAAGGUCAACUUCCCCUUUCCAAGGACUCCAAGAAGUCGGGAGGAUGGGUCGGAACCUUCAAGUUUCAAGGCGCUACCCUGAAGCAAGGCCAACGAUACUGGUACUACUACAUCAUCGACGGCUACCACGUCUCGCACGACCCUGCCAAGGACCACACCACCGAGCCCACCACCGGUCGCAAACUCAACAUCAUCGACAUCCCCGCUGCCAAGAAGUCAAGCACCACCUCCUCCGCUGACCGCAAGGCCCGCCGCGUCUCCACCGCAUCCGUCGCCAAAGGCCGCGGCAUGUCCCCCGAACGCAUCGUCGCCCCCAAGCCCCAGCGUCCCCACCAGACCCGCCAAGUCAUCAACACGCAAUACGACAAGACGACGCUCGAGGAGCUCAACCGCCGCUUCGCCAAGCAAAGCAUCGAGGAGUCCUCGGAAGAAGACGACGACAGCGAGUACGACUCCGAGGACAGCGGCAGCGACGUGCCCUCCCUGACCUCCCGCUCUACCAACAGCUCAAGCCCGUCCAGCGUCAGCUCUGGAAGCAGCUGCUGCACGUGCGAGCGCUUUGGUAUCACGCGCGCCGGCGACCGCGUCAAGUUGGACUGUGGAGGUGCACGCUGUGGCUACAGCGAUGACUCGAGCGACUGCUCCAGCGAGGACGAGUACGUGUACGAGGAGAAGAGCACACGGAGACAGGGUGUCGUCAUCCGCUCCUAG